AUGGAGACCGCGACAGCAACCACAGAACACCGGAUCUUGCCCACCACGCGCACAGACCCGACUUUCCUGCAAGGACUCGAGUUGAUUUUGCAGCCGUACUACGACCAAGGGGCGAGCGAAGACGAGAUUCGAGACGUGGUCAAGCGCGCCGAGGCCUUCUACCUCUCCUCACACGCCCCAGAAGAUCUCGAACAACCUCAGCCCCUCUCAUCUCUCACCACCGUCCCCUCCGCCUCCUCACCCUCCUCAUCCUCCCAACCUCCCCCUCCCUCUUCCUCCUCGGACCCACCCUACCCUCCAACAUUCGCCCAACUAGCCGCCUUAAUCGCUACCGGCGCGCCCAUCCCCGGAAUCAAGGAGAUCCCGGAUAAGCUUGCGGAGGGGGAGCCGAGUGAGAGUCGGGAGAGUGUGAGGAGGAAACCUUGGGAGAAGGCCGGUGCGGGGGGAGGAGGAGAUGAGAGUGGGAUGCUGGAAGGGGCAGCGGAUGAGACGAUGAAGGAGGAAGGGAGCGGGCAGGUGUAG